UGACUGGCGGAGGUUUCUGCCGCUGGUUUUCAAGGAGCGGAAACGGCAGGAGCGAGAGGCAGGCCGGCCGGCCGGCUGACUACCGACUGCGACUCGUUUCUGUCCCGUCCUUUGGUCGCGGAGUGCGCGAGCCUCGGACGGGAUCGACUCCGGCAUUCUGAGCGCGCGGCCGGACAGAGAGGCGGGCGCGGGUGGGAGAGCGCGUGCAGAGGCGCCGACGCGCGGCUCCGUCGGCCAGCAAGUGAGCACGCGAGAGGAGAUAACAGAGGUGGCGAGGAGCAUCGUGCCGAAACGAACACGGAAAUGCCGCCGAAAUCCCGGCACUAGCAAUAGCUAACGCGAAGGUUUCCUUUCUGUCGUGCCCCUCUUCCUAAAGCCGCAACCCGCAGCCCCUUGUUUUAGGUUAUGCUUUUUCCACUUAUUAUCAAAGCCCGCGUUAUCAUUCCAGUGCUAUUAAGCGGACCUUCCUCCUUGACUAAUCCCCUUUCCGGGUUCACUUGUUACAACACCUCGGGCGACACACCUUGCAAGUACACCUCAUCCAAUUGCUAGGCUCCCUCCCAUUUCUCUGUACCCACAGGGUGAUUUCUGUAGCCCCUCCCCCCUUAAGUCAAUGGAAUAUCCUCAGAACCAGGAAGGCACCUGCCCCAACUCUGAACUGGCAGCAGAGGACUGUGCAGAUAUGAGCACCAGGAAAGUAGCCCUCAUCACUGGCAUUACCGGCCAGGAUGGCUCAUACUUGGCAGAGUUCCUGCUGGAAAAGGGCUAUGAGGUACAUGGAAUUGUUCGUAGAUCUAGCUCUUUUAACACAGGACGGAUUGAACAUCUCUACAAGAACCCGCAGGCUCACCUAGAAGGAAAUAUGAAACUACAUUAUGGUGAUCUGACAGAUAGUACUUGCUUGGUGAAAAUAAUUAACGAAGUGAAACCCACUGAAAUUUAUAAUCUUGGAGCACAGAGUCAUGUUAAAAUAUCUUUUGAUUUAGCAGAAUAUACAGCGGAUGUUGAUGGAAUUGGCACUUUACGAUUGCUAGAUGCUAUCAAGACAUGUGGUCUCAUAAACUCUGUAAAAUUCUAUCAAGCCUCAACAAGUGAACUUUAUGGAAAAGUGCAAGAAAUACCUCAAAAGGAGACUACUCCAUUUUAUCCCAGAUCCCCUUAUGGGGCAGCCAAACUCUAUGCAUAUUGGAUUGUGGUAAAUUUCAGGGAGGCCUAUAAUCUCUUUGCUGUGAAUGGUAUUCUUUUCAACCAUGAGAGUCCCAGGAGAGGAGCCAAUUUCGUAACUCGAAAGAUUAGUCGUUCAGUUGCUAAGAUCCACCUGGGACAAUUGGAGUGCUUCAGUUUGGGCAAUUUAGAUGCCAAGAGAGAUUGGGGUCAUGCCAAGGACUACGUUGAGGUAUGCUAUUCCUGAAAUGCCUGCUUUGAA